AUGACACGAUCCUCUUCCGCAGAGCCCGCCAAGGGUACCAAGAGAAAGGGUACGAGGAGCGUCUCGACAUUGAACCCCGCCCAGUUGGCGCGCAAGAGAGCCAACGAUCGAGAGGCCCAGCGAGCCAUUCGCGCACGCACCAAGGAACACAUCGAGAGGCUGGAGCAACAGCUCGCCGAUCUGCAAAGCGAGCGAGGCGGAGACCAGUCGCAGACGAUUCAAGAACUCACCCGGAGGAAUAGAGCCCUCGAGGAGGAGAUCUACCGCCUCAGGGAGGCCGCAGGACAGCCCACCGGCCACUCGUACCCCAACUCGGUCUACGACGACAACCUGAGCUCUGUCAGCGGGGCCAUACCGAGCCCGCGAUCAUCCCCGUUCCCGGCGUCAGGUGGCUAUAGCGGCAUGCCCGAGCUGGGACCCUCUUACGUGCCUCUCCCUGAUGCCUCGGAGUCGUGGGGUCCUGGCGUCUCAGUGCCCUCCAACGUCUCCAGCCCGUCGUCCUCCGCCAAUACGGACGAGUACGGCGGCGCCUACAUCCCAACGAGCAUCCCGGCGCCCAUGAUGGAAGCGAGGAGCGUUCCCGCCAAGAUGGAUUAUGACGAUGUAGACUCUGGUAAGCAACGCACGCCAACGGCACGCUGGCUACCCUCUCUCGCAUCAUCGCAGCCAGGUGGGCGCCAACGGCUACCUGCCUCACGAGCCAUGGAAUAUGUACCCGGCCCUGUACUACCAGCAGCAGCCGUCAGCCCACUGAUUCGGCAGCCGGGCACGUCUUUUUGGGAAAUGCCGUCCCUUGUCCUAGCGCCUACCUGCGCUGCCGACCAGUGGAUCAUCAGUUUCGCACACGACUGCCGCCGGCUCGCGCAAACGAAAAACAUUGACGCGCUUCUCCGGCCUCCGCGUGUCAACUUGAAGACACUCCUCGAGUAUAAACCGCCUUCGCCAACGCACCCCGCACCGCGAAUCCACAUUGCCGACCUCGAACGUGCUCUCGACGUGAACAGUGCCGGUUCAGGCGCCGCGCCGCACCCUCUGGCCGAGCUGAUAACGGCACUUGUCGAUAAGGCCGGCAUGGCCAAUGUGGUGGAGCGCCUUGCCCUAUUCCUCCCUGCCCAGCGUAUCUUGGCUUGGUUGGCACAGCCCACCCGCGAGUCCUACAACGCCCUCGUCCUCAACUACGCCCCCCGACCCAGCCAGCUCACGGUCCCUCACCCACAAUGGGUAGACUUCGUGCUGCAAGGCCCUCUGCGCGACGCCAUUAUUGAGCGACAGGAUGUAUACGCCACAGAAGAGUUUCAGAACAUCUACGCUAAUAGCCUUCGCCUCCUCAAUUGGCCAGGUCGGCCGGUGGACGCGAUCAACAUGGACCCGACAACGGGCGAGGUGUGGCUCAACGACACGUUUGCCGCACAUGCUCUACGGAUUGAGAAUUGGCGCAUGCACGAGACUUUCGUCCGGCGCUAUCCUGAGCUUCGCGGCUUUGUAGAGCUUACAGAGUCCUGA